GCAGGAGAGAGGUAUAAAAAGGUUCAGAGUUGUAGUAGCAGCAUACAUUUUUUCUGCCUAAGUAGGUUGUGAGCUUUGGUAGCAAGUUACUGGGCUUGCUGUCAACUGUGGUUGACAUUAUGGGAUUUCUGUUAAGAUUGCUGGUGGUCUCCGUACUAGCAGUGGGGACAAGUAAAGUAUAUGCAACACAUAUGCUCUCAAUGCCUGAGCCAGACUUUCCAACUAGGGGCCUAAGUAAACCACUCAAAUUGCCAGAGAAGCUGAGCUAUCCACUAUGGUUUUCAAUGGCUCCCUUAUACCUACCCCAGCAGAACCCAGACAUUAACAGGCCCAGGUACCCAGUAGGAGGUCCAGUCCCUCGGGCCCAACCACCAAUGCUUCCUGUUGAGCCCAAGUAUCCAAUAGGAGGUCCAAUCCCUCAGGCCCAGCCACCAAUGCUUCCUGUUGAGCCCAAGUAUCCAAUAGGAGGUCCAGUCCAACAACCACAGUUUCCUGGAUGGCAGCCUUGUUCAACAGGUCCUUGUAGGCUACCAAUGUUUCCGGUUGAGCCCAGGUAUCCAAUUGGAGGUCCAGUCUCUCAGGCCCAGCCACCAAUGCUUUCUGUUGAGCCCAAGUAUCCAAUAGGAGGUCCAAUCCCUCAGGCCCAGCCACCAAUGCUUCCGGUUGAGCCCAAGUACCCAAUAGGAGGUCCAGUCCAACAACCACAGUUUCCUGGAUGGCAGCCUUGUUCAACAGGUCCUUGUAGGCUACCAAUGUUUCCGGUUGAGCCCAGGUAUCCAAUUGGAGGUCCAGUCUCUCAGGCCCAGCCACCAAUGCUUCCUGUUGAGCCCAAGUACCCAAUAGGGGGUCCAGUCCAACAACCACAGUUUCCUGGAAAGCAUCCUUGUUCACGGGGAAAUCCAGUUGGCUCUUGCGCACCACCUAUGUUUCAUGUAAACCCAAAUUAUCCAUUUGAGAGUCCAAGCACACAAAGGCUUUCUGCUGGGUCAAAAUACCCAGUAGAGGGUCCAAUGGGCCAUGGACUAUUGUCGUUCAUGUUCAACUUGGAGCCUGGAAAGGACCUUAAUGAUCACUUGCACCAUGGAUAUCCACCUAGAAGUCCAGACUGCGAGAGCAAAUGGCCAUUUCUUCCAUCAAAGCCCUGCUCUUAAAGGACCAGCGGCAGUGAAGACUGAAUCAUCAUCAUCAUUCACCUUUCAAAAUAAAGAACUUGAUCUGAUUUUUGUGUGUGGGG